ACAGAUGAAAAUGAAAGAUUCACGUGCGGAAGGUUACUGAAUUUUGGCUGACCGUGCAGCGGCUCGCAGCGGCUUGCAGCGGCUGAUUCUUUACUGGUAAACAAAUAUCAACAUGGAAGUAUGUGUAGACUCUGUACAGUCUGCUUUAAAUGCUGAAAAAGGAGGUGCCACUCGUGUUGAACUGUGCUCCAAUCUGAUGGAAGGUGGAACCACACCAUCUCUAGGAAUGUUUAGAAUUAUCAAACAAAGAUCACCAAUUCCAGUGUUUGUAAUGAUAAGGCCAAGAGGAGGGGACUUUCUUUACACCGAGGAUGAAUUUGAAGUAAUGAAGGAAGAUGUCAAGAUAUUCAAGGAAGCUGGAGCAGAUGGAGUAGUGUUUGGCAUCCUUACAAGUGAAGGGGCAGUGGACACAUUGAGGUGUGAAGAACUCAGAGAUCUGGCAAGUCCACUUCAAGCUACUUUCCACAGAGCUUUUGACAUGCUCAAGGAUCCUUACACAUCUUUAGAGGUUAUUAUUAAGAUAGGCUUUGAGCGUAUCUUAACUAGUGGACAAGACUCUUCAGCACUGGAAGGAUUACAAACUAUAACACAUCUAAUUGAAAAGGCUAAAGACAGAAUUACCAUUGUCCCAGGUGGUGGAAUAACUGAACGUAAUUUGGAACGUAUACUACUGGAAUCUGGUGCUAGGGAAUUUCAUUGUUCAGCCCGGCAUUCUAUAUCAUCUGUUAUGGAGUAUAGGAACACUAAUUGUCCUAUGGGGGGGACCCUGAAUCCACCUGAAUUUGUUACAAAGGUGGCAAGCUAUGAGAAAGUUAAAAACCUUGUUUUUGUUGCAAGAUCAGUUAUUUCUUGAUUUAUAACACUAGUUUACAUUCUGGUCUGAAAAUUUUAGAUUAUUAUUACAUUAGAUAGAUAAUUUAUUUAUAAAAUUAUAUUGACACUAUUGCGCAAAAAUUUACACAUGUAUCAUCAUUAUAUACACCUUUAAGAAAUAUGAACAAUACCUUUAUGAACUAUCCUGUCCCAUCAUUAUUAUGUUUGUUCCUUUGGCAAGUGAUAUGGUGAUUAACUGUUCAAGUUAUAUCUAAAACUACACAGGCAAAUUCUUGCAAACUCCUCUUAUAAAUAGGAUCCAUACCUUUGCACGAAUUUUUAAAAAAAUUCUACCUUGCCAUCUAACAAACUUUGUAUUUUAUGUCAACAGUUUUGAUUGUGUAAGACAGGGAAAACUAUACUGUUUCCCUUCGUAAAAUCCUUUUUAAUUUUGUUUAUAAAAAACCCUUCUGUAUUGUUUGAACUGGUUUCUUUGUACCUUGUUGUAAAGUUACAAUAUUUACCUUAAGCGUAAUGUAGUAUGAAAGUUAGAAGCAUCAUAUGCAAAACAAAAUGUUAUGCGACCUAAAAUUAAUUUUACAUUUUAUUAAUGAACCCUACAGCUGCCAAGCUCUGAUUUAUGAUUCUCUUUUUUAUUUAUAUGAUUUACAUUUUUACGUGAAAUAGUGCUAUGACACAGUAACAACGUCUCCAAGAUAAGAUUGUUUUCUCGUCACUUUUU